AUGUUUUCAGGGUGGCUAGGUUUAAUUCAACCUCAGAAUUUUGAUGUUGAUUUUUGGCUGUAUACUAAGGGUAACAAAGAUUCGGCAGAAACUAUUUCCACAACCAAUUUAGGAAGUCGGUUUAUCAGUGGUGCUAAAACUAUCUUCGUUAUCCAUGGAUAUCUGAAUACGGGUACCCAGUCGUGGAUUGCGCCCAUGAAGAAUGCUCUUUUGGCAUUGCCUGAUUCCUUGAAUGUUAUAGUAGUCAAUUGGAAAGAUGGCGCAUUUUCAACUUAUGCUCAGUCUGCAGAUAACACGAAAACGGUCGGUAGAAAAGCGGGAGAUUUGAUCAAAGCGCUGAAAGAGAGUAAAGGGAUGGAUUAUGAUGAUUUUCAUGUGAUUGGUCACAGUCUCGGAGCUCAUGCUGCAGGGUUUACUGGCAAAAGAAUCACAGAUCUCACCGGAAGUAAAAUCGGAAGAAUAACUGGUUUAGAUCCUGCAGGUUAUAAUUUCGCCAUUGCUGACGAAGCAAAUCGAUUAGCCAAGGAAGAUGGUGCUUUUGUAGAUGUUAUGCAUACCAAUACAGUUAAGAAUAACUCUGAAACAGUGUAUAUUCUGAUUUCAGCCUUUGGAACUCCUAUUGGACAUGUAGAUUUUUAUCCAAAUGGUGGUCGAAGUCAACCUGGAUGCUGUAAGUAUGCUUAA